GCAAAUAUUGUCAUCCAUGCCUCGAGGCCCCGGGAGACUUCGGAGGCAAUAGAAUGUCAUAGACUCUGAGCCCCUUCUGCCGUUGAACGUUAAGCUUCUCCACUUCUCGUGCUAGUCUACCUGGACGACCAUUGUAUUUGUACUGCUCUUAUCGUUCCAGACACUCUUCAAGUAUGGCCACCAACCUCUACGAAACACUUGGCUUGAGCAGAGAUGCUACUCCAGACCAGAUUCGCAAGGCUUAUAGGAAGAAAGCCUUAGAAACUCAUCCUGACCGCUUGCCUCAAGGCGCUUCUCCAGCGCAGAAAUCUGCAUCAGAGGAAAUGUUCCGUAAGGUUAAUAACGCUUACGAAGUCCUCAGCGACCCAGAAAACCGCAAGACCUAUGACCAGUACGGAGUAUGGCCUCCUCCGACUGCUCAGGAGAGUUACACUCAGGGCAACUGGCAACGUCCUACUAGACAACCCUUCCAAGAUCCAUUUUUUCAAGACCCCUUUUCCCAACAUCCAAUUUUCGGUCGCAAUCAUCAAGCAGACCCCGGGCCAUUCUUCCCAUCUUCACGUCAUCCGCACUUCCAGGACUUCACAGACCCUUUUAUACUCUUCAAUAGGAUGUUUGGAGAUCUCCACCAAGCAUUUUCAAGGGAUCCAUUCGGUAAUCCAUUCAGCCAUUGGGAUGAUGGUUUUUUUGGUCGAGGGUUCAUGUCUCCAAUGUCCAUGUCUCCCAUUACGAGUUCACCAUUUGGAUUCCUCACCGGGGGAAACGUAAAUGUAUACAGCUCUUCUUCCAGUGGGGCACUCGCUGGUGGCUCAAAUGGCUCUAGAUGGGUUUCUGAGAGCUACACAACCUCUACUGUAAACGGCGUUACUCACACCAAAGCUGUUCGUAGAGAUUCACAUGGCAACGAGCAUGUCACCUACUCAUUCCCGGACGGUACUGAGCGCCGCCUGAUCAAUGGGGCCGAGCAACCCUCGAACUCUAACCCUCUCCCAUCUCGUCAUAAUAAUCGUGCCAUCGCUGCACCGCCACCAAGUCAAGACCCUCCACCAUAUGAAGCUCAUGUCCCACCGCCAGCAGCAGGAUCGACGCGCUCAUUACGGAGCACUCAUUCCAGGUCCCAGAACUACGUAAGGCAACGUCAAGAUCCUAACCUCACAUAUGUUACUUACUCAAUGCAGCCACAGGCGUCUUACGCCUCGCAGUAUGCGGAUCCGAAUUCGCCUGGACAUCGUCAGAAGAACAAGAGCCGUGAUGGCGUUGACGAUGCGCGGGGUGGGUCUGCGUGGAACUUCUGGAAGUGAGUGAAGCUAUGAUCAAGAUGAUGGAAUUACUUUUUACUCCAUACCUGACCGCUCAUCCUGAUUGCUUAU